AUGCCUUCUGGUAACGGAUAUUCGUACAACGGCUCUGGAACCAACAGCCAGGGCAACCACUACUGCUCCCGCGACUACGGCAACGACUCCAACUCGUACCACUACUCCAACACCGACGGGAGCUAUUACUACUCCAACCCGGACGGCAGCACGUACUACAACAACGGUAACGGUGGCUCUACCUACACCUCGCCUAGCGGCAACUCGACUAGCUCCGGCUACGGUUCUUCGUCGUCGGGCACUUCUGGCAACUCGGGUAGCAACAGCAACAGCAACAGCAAGUAG